GAUUCCGGCUUUAGGUGAAAGCGGCCAAAGGAAGUUAUCAAGAUCUUUAGAGAGUGAUCAGAACAAGACAAGAAGUAACUUGCUUUCCAGUCAUAUGAUGAUGUAGAAAUUUCCCAAGAAAGCUGGAUAAAGAGAAGAAUUAAACAGUUCUCAAGGAUUCCAUAUGUUAGUGCAUGGCGAGUAUACUUGCAGCAAGAUGUGGUACUCCCUGGAGUAGCUCUGGCUUUGUUGUAUUUCACUGUCCUCAGGUUUGGAACAUUAAUGACAGCUACCUUGGAAUGGGAAGGUAUACCUGCAUACGUAAUUGGAAUAGUGCAUGGAGUAAGCGCUGCGGUUGGAAUUGCUGCAACAGUGGUAUAUCCAAUCUUGCAAUCUCAUAUCUUAACACUUAGAACUGGACUCUGGUCCAUCUGGUCUCAGUGGACAUUCCUCCUACUAUGUGUUGGUUCAAUAUGGGUCCCCAAUAGAGUUUUGUCAGCAUGUAUGCUGAUGGCAGGAGUAGGUACUUCUCGGCUUGGAUUAUGGAUGUUCGACUUAGCAGUGAUCCAACAAAUGCAGGAUCAAGUUCCUGAAUUGGAACGCUGUGUAGUGGGAGGUGUUCAAAGCUCCCUUCAGUCUAGUAUAUAUGGAUUUGAUGGGGUAUGUCAUAUGGCAAUCAUUAUAUCUAAUCCACAGGAAUUCUGGAAGUUGACUCUGGUGUCGUUCGCGGUGGUAACAUUGGCUGCAUUGCUCUACACCCUACACCUUUACCGUGUCCGGAAGCACCUCCUUCACUUUGAGAAACUUACUCCGUUUCUUAAGUGCGCAUUACUAGAUCACAAUCUGCAAAUGUAUAGUUGGGUCCAUUUUGCUGUUCGAAAUCUUGAUCGAUCAUAUUUAAUCUUCCAACUACAUUGUGGGAAGUAUUUUAUGGACUUAUAUGAAUUGCAUUAUAUGAAUAUCUUGUGGGAUCACUUUUCAAUCACAUUUUGA